GCCCUCAUCGCCAGUCGGUAGCAGGCAGACCGGGACAUGCCGAGCUGUCAGUGCACGUCGGACACCAGCUUCCCUUGAGUUUACACAAUAGCGUGUAGUUAUGAAGGCGAGCAUCUUUGAGACUUAAUCUUUGUAACCCAUCCGCCGGACGACACAGGAAGUGCGGUGCUUGCUUUUAGGACCAGGCAGCAGCUGAAAUCGCCCACCCAGAGCCGCCGGUGUGACCGCUUUGUGGAAUGGCAGCUCCGCGGCCGAUUAAAGGCAUCCUGAAAAACAAGAACAGCGGCACAAAUGUCAAAUCGCUGCCCGACGACGUGCAAGUGGAGAACCCGGAGCAGGCGCCCGGACUCCUGGAGGAUGAGCAGCAGAAGAAGUCCCAGAAAUGGGAUGAGAUGAACAUCCUGGCCACGUACCACCCAGCUGAUAAAGACUAUGGCCUGAUGAAGAUAGAUGAGCCCAGCACGCCUUACAACAGGAUGGUGGGGGACGAUGAUGACGAGGGGGCACUGAGCGACUCGGACGGCAACACUGUGCUCACAGCUGAUGACCUGAAAUCAAAGCUGGCAGCAGCAGCAGACGGCUCAGAGCCUCGCUUCAUGAGGGAGCAGGAAGAGGAGGAAAGCAGUGAAGAGGAGGAAGAGGAGCUGAGUCCCGAAGAACAAGCCAAAAAGAAACAAUUCCAGAUGAUGAGGAAGCUGCACUACAACGAGGGCCUGAACAUCAAGCUGGCCCGCCAGCUCAUCGCCAGCGAGCUGGAAGACGAUGAGGAUGACGAGGACGAAGAAAUGAGAGACGACACAGAGGAGGCGAGGGAGGACGCAGAAGACACAGAGGACAUUAGUGUUGACCCGCCACAGGACGCUGACUCCCUGGACUCGUAGAUGAGGCGUCGGGCCAGCUCCAGCCUGGUGUCUGGGCUCUGCUCAGAUCCAGACAGACACUGCUGCUGAGCUCCGUGUUUCAGUGCUGGGCCAUACAGCAGACACCGCUUCACCACUCAUAUAACAAGCCGUCAGCAGCCAAUAACCUCCCCGGUCACCUGUCUGUCUCCACCACUCCUUGAAACAGUGCAAUACAACCAUCAGAACCAGUGGUUUUGAAGCCACCCUCACCCCCCAGGAACAGUACAAAACAAAGGUAAAAGCUGUCGGACCCUUCUAGUUGCCUUUCCUGUUGCCAAGAAGUCCCUCUUCCCUCCACCCUCCCCUUCUGGGCUGUCGUUGCUCCAGCAAGUUUGUAAGUCUGACCCUGAAAGGAGGAUCAAGACCUUUUUUUUUUUUUUAAAGACUGUUGAAUGCCAGGACUCCCUUCUCUCUGGUCCACAGGCUGCAGAUCCUCACUUCCUCAGCCCCUGGAGGAAGCCAGGGGAAACCCUGUGGCCUCAUUAAGAGAUCUGUGAACAUGAAAAAUGACAACACUGCUAGUAGUGGGUGAAGUUCAUUUUAUUUUAUUUUAUUUUAUUUUAUUUUAUUUUAUUGUAUUUUUUGCUUUGCGUUGCGCCACUCUCCAUCGCAUUUUCUCACCCUUAGUACCUAGGUGAUAGGAAUUGGAAACCUCGAACAAGUAGGUGGAUUAUUUUUGUUUUUAUCCUCUUGUUUGUUCCUGUUUACAUCCUGACAGUGAGGUCGCAUGGCCCACCUCACAUUGCAAUGCCAUUAGAAAAUGAUUCAUUUCUUCACGUCACACACUUGGCUCCGAUCAAAGUUUAUAAGCUAUAUAUCAAAUUAUGAUAUUACAAUGCAACAUAGCCUAUACAAUCUCAAUUUGUAUUUGAUACCUGAAUAUCAACAAUAUUUACUGUUAAUUGAUAAAUUUAUGCUGGUUAAUGACUCCAUAAUGCUUGCUGGCAUCAGGUCAAGUGAAGUAAUAAUACUGCAUAAAUUAAUGUGGUAUUGGUUCUGACCCGUCGCUCUCUCCCUCUCUGUGUAUGGGUUACAACAUAGCACCAAACCCACUUAAAGUUUUGGCAGUUUAAGGUUGCUUUGCUUAUCAGCAAACACACACAUCUCAGACAACAUGAAUGAAGACUUUUACCUGAUUGUUAAGGUCCACUGAUAAAUUCGGCACACACUCACACACUGGAAUGGAAACAAGUUGCAGGUGUAACAAGCAAAUCGUUGGAAACCAUUGAGAUGUUAUGAGCCUAGUCAGACGUGUGCCGUUGCCUGGCUACAAGAGGCGGGUGAUGACAUUGGCACUUAGGACAUGUUAGUUCAUUAAGAUGAUGAGAGGGGCAGUGUAUGACCUGGACCUGAGGAAUGGCAUGUGCUACUGAUAAGCAGGAGGCUGUCCUGUAGAAAAUGGCUCCCGUCUUCAAACGACUCGCAGCUCCAAGAACCAGGCCUCUUGUGCAGAUCUGACAUGGACGAGAGACCAGUGCACACUGUGCUCUUACACCGAUGACUCAUUUAUUUGGCUUUUCAGUCAGCUGACUCUCACUAGCAAAGAUUUUGCAAGAAAUGUACCAGAGUUCGGCUGUCAUAUGGUUAUGUUUUUCUCCCCCAUGUUAUAUUUUGUUUAAUCUUGUCAGAUCUACUCAAGUGUCUUGGAUGUUGGUGCUUUGAAAAUGUCCUGAGGAAGAGCUGUUAUCAAUGCUACUGACUCCAGUCCCCGCUCUGUUUAAAAGGGGAUUUUUCUUUGUCAAAAGGCUGCAUGGAAAAGCAAGGUAUUGCAGUUAACCACUAGGGGUUUUAAGGGAGUUUUCAAGCAUUUCUGUAAUACUCUCAGUUCCUACACAGAUCAGGAAAGUCUGGAGAAAGUGCGGAAUGCGACUGCACACAUAAUGUAAGAGUUCAAAAGGUUUUUUGUGGAAAAUAAUCUUGAGCUGUUUAUUUUAUCAGUUAUUAUCAGCCAGCCACUCAGCAUACAUCACUUUGAAUGCCAAAAUCUUGAGAAUUUCAGUCACAAAUUGAAAGCAUGGGCAAAAUUAGGACAUUUCAGGAUGGAGUUAGUAGGAAAUCUGAAUAUGUCCUUACUGUGAUUUUUCAGAGCCUUUAAUAGGGGCUGGGCGAUAUGUCCAAAAAUGCUAUCAUGACAAAAUGUAUCAAUCAAUAUCAAUAAUUAUAUUGAUACAUCAGAUCAUUAUUAUAUCAUAUUUAAAGGCUACUCGUGGCUUCUGAGUGAAAUCAGAAGAAACGAGAUGGCUCAUGAUGCUGAGCUCCUUUAGCCAUCCAGAGCAGUGCAGCAUGCAGUGAGUGUGUGCUGUGUGUGUGUGCCUGCUGGACUGGACUGCGCUCUGCUCCUGCAACAUGAUUGGCCUGCUGUCUAUCCUGGCCACAUGAUUGGCUACUUGUGCGUCCAGCACCGAAGAUAACUGAGUUGAAAUUUAUUGACGUUUUAUUGAAUAUUUUUUCUCUGUUUAUAUUGAUGGAAAAACAUACUGCGAUGAUUAUUACUGUUUCGUUGCCCAGCCACACACUUUAAUUUCUCCCUGUGAUGGGCAGGGUUGAGCCCUGUGUUGUGGAAAAUGUGUCUGUCAUCAAAAACAAUGGCACAAAUUUUGCACUGUUUGUAAUGGUGAUGUUUUCUCUCCACAUUCAAAGGUGAAGCAGUUGAAGCUCUAUUUUUUGGACGAUUUCCAGCUAUCAACAACUCAAUGCUGAGGAGACAAGGCAUCUCUGACACAAAAAAACAAAAACAGAAAAAACAGAACUUGUAGCUUUUCUGCUUGGCCUGUGUAGAGAAACAGGAAUCUAAGUCACAAAUUUAUGCUUUUAAUUAAAUGUGACCUGUUAACAUUUUUCCACAAUACAGGGUAUAAAAGUGUUGAUCUGUGCCCCUUCUCCAGGAAAAAAAAAAAAAACACAUUCUGCGCCCACUCUCAAUUUGGUCUACCUUUCUGUCAUCAAACUCAUUAACAGUACGCAAAAGCAAUUGCAGCAAAAUAUAUAGAGAUUAAUUUGAAUAAUUUGAUUUAAUACAAAAGGACACGACUGUCUGCAACAUGACUGACGAGUUGACGUUGACCCCCUCCCCCACUAAUAUGACGUGAUUAUUCCCGGCAAAUGUGCCUCUUCUCUUUUUGUGUACGUGUGUAAAAUGGAUAGGCUGCAAUCCAUGCUUUUUUUUUUCCUCCUCGUGCAGUUACAUCGCCUCGCAAUCUACCACCUCACCUUUUAGUUUUGCACCAUUUCUACCAUGUUUUGAUUUGUUUUCUAAUGACAGUAGACUGACGAGCUGUCCCACGACUGUGCAGUGUGUUGGUCUCAGUGAGGAUCUUCAAUUCAUGCGUGCUUUUUGUAUUUUGAAAUUUGCAUGUUCUUAAUCAUAAGGAUGUGUGUAUCAUUAUUUUGUCCCUUUAAUAAACCGUGUCAUUAAAG